GCAGCGCUGUCCCGUCCGCGACAGCCCGUUCCGCUCUGCGCUCUACCGGGUGCUCGGCAGUCGCGGCGCCUCAAUUCCUGGGAGCCGCUGUCCAGUAGCUGCCCCGGGACGCUGGCCUGGUCCCUGGAGAGAGGCUGAGGCCUUGUCGCUGCUCUCCGGCCGCCGCCGCCGCCGGUAGCUCGCGGCUCCCGGCCCGCACUCAGGCCCAGCCCUGCUGGGAGUCCUUCUCCAUCACACGGACUUAAGGAAGAGCUUGACUGUGGAACAGGGCACCAUGAAGGUUGAGUUACUGCCCGCACUGACCGACAACUACAUGUACCUGAUCAUCGAUGAUGAGACCAAGGAGGCCGCCGUCGUGGACCCGGUGCAGCCCCAGAAGGUUGUAGAAACGGUGAAAAAGCAUGGUGUGAAGCUGACCACGGUGCUCACCACUCACCACCACUGGGACCACGCUGGCGGGAACGAGAAGUUGGUCAAGCUGGAGCCUGGGCUGAAGGUGUGCGGGGGUGAUGACCGGAUCGGGGCCCUGACUCACAAGGUCACGCACCUCUCCACACUGCAGGUGGGGUCUCUCAACGUCAAGUGCCUGUCCACACCGUGCCACACUUCUGGACACAUCUGCUACUUUGUGAGCAAGCCCAGCAGCUCUGAGCCUCCUGCUGUGUUCACAGGUGACACCUUGUUCGUGGCUGGCUGUGGGAAGUUCUACGAAGGGACAGCGGAUGAGAUGCAUAAAGCCCUACUUGAGAUCCUGGGCCGGCUCCCUCCAGACACAAGAGUGUACUGUGGCCACGAGUAUACCAUCAACAACCUCAAGUUUGCGCGGCACGUAGAGCCCAACAACGCUGCCAUCCAGGAGAAGCUGGCCUGGGCCAAGGAGAAGUACAGUAUCGGGGAGCCCACGGUGCCAUCCACCAUCGCAGAGGAGUUCACCUACAACCCGUUCAUGAGAGUGAGGGAGAAGACCGUACAGCAGCAUGCUGGCGAGACUGACCCCGUGACCACCAUGAGGGCCAUCCGCAAAGAGAAGGACCAUUUCAAGGUGCCCCGGGACUGAGGCGGCUGUGGGGCCUGGGGUGCCCGUGGCUGCCACCACUCUCAAGCACAUUUGGGUAUUCAGAUGUUUUAGAUAAAUUUCCUGCCAGGAGUGCAGGAAAUCCAGUCUUGGUUUAAUUUUAAAUUAAUCUCAAAGCCCUUUGCCCGUGUUAUCAGAUGUUCUAAUGCAUAUUUAUAAGAGAAGUUGAAAGUGUAUUCCUGGA